UACUCAGUUCCAAGUUUGGAGCUUUUAGCUGCCAGCCCUGGCCCAUCAUGUAGCUGCAGCACAGCCUUCCCUAACGUUGCAACUGAGGGAAAAAAUCACUUUCCAGUCUGUUUUGCAAGGUGUGCAUUUCCAUCUUGAUUCCCUGAAAGUCCAUCUGCUGCAUCGAUCAAGAGAAACUCCACUUGCAUGAAGAUUGCACGCCUGCAGCUUGCAUCUUUGUUGCAAAACUAGCUACAGAAGAGAAGCAAGGCAAAGUCUUUUGUGCUCCCCUCCCCCAUCAAAGGAAAGGGGAAAAUGUCUCAGUCGAAAGGCAAGAAGCGAAACCCUGGCCUUAAAAUUCCAAAGGAAGCAUUUGAACAGCCUCAGACCAGUUCCACGCCACCUCGAGAUUUAGACUCCAAAGCGUGCAUUUCUAUUGGAAAUCAGAACUUUGAGGUGAAGGCGGAUGACCUGGAACCUAUAAUGGAGCUGGGACGAGGUGCGUACGGGGUGGUGGAGAAGAUGCGACACGUGCCCAGCGGGCAGAUCAUGGCGGUGAAGCGGAUCCGGGCCACGGUAAAUAGCCAGGAGCAGAAAAGGCUACUGAUGGAUUUGGAUAUUUCCAUGAGGACAGUGGACUGUCCUUUUACGGUCACCUUUUAUGGCGCACUCUUCCGGGAGGGUGAUGUUUGGAUCUGCAUGGAGCUCAUGGAUACAUCGCUAGAUAAAUUCUACAAACAAGUGAUUGAUAAAGGCCAAACAAUUCCAGAGGACAUCUUAGGGAAAAUAGCAGUUUCUAUUGUAAAAGCAUUAGAACAUUUACACAGUAAGCUGUCUGUCAUUCAUCGAGAUGUCAAGCCUUCCAACGUGCUGAUCAAUACUCUGGGCCAGGUGAAGAUGUGCGAUUUUGGAAUCAGUGGCUACCUGGUAGACUCCGUCGCUAAAACGAUUGAUGCAGGAUGCAAACCAUACAUGGCCCCUGAGAGAAUAAACCCAGAGCUCAACCAGAAGGGCUACAGCGUGAAGUCUGACAUUUGGAGUCUGGGCAUAACGAUGAUUGAGUUGGCCAUCCUUCGGUUUCCCUACGAUUCAUGGGGAACUCCCUUUCAGCAGCUCAAACAAGUAGUAGAGGAGCCGUCGCCACAGCUCCCAGCAGACAAGUUCUCCGAAGAGUUCGUUGACUUUACCUCACAGUGCUUAAAGAAGAAUUCCAAAGAACGGCCAACGUAUCCAGAGCUUAUGCAACAUCCAUUUUUCACCCUACAUGAAUCCAAAGCAACAGACGUGGCAUCUUUUGUAAAACUGAUUAUUGGAGACUAAAAACAAUGAACUCAAUCAAUUGACCCUCCUGUGGAUUGGUGGGUUUACGGGGUGAAGCGAGUUCACUAAAGCGCCAAUAGAAACUCAUCUUUAACCCUUCUUCUCAGAAGGUUUUUCUCCCCAUUUUCUUUUUUUUUUUCCCCCUCCAAAGGGGGCCUUGGAAUCUAUAGUACAAAAUGAACUGUCUAGAUGGAUGAAAUAUGAUAAAGGCUUAGGACUUAAAAAGGUGAUUAAAUAUUUAAUGAUGAGUCAUAUGAGUCCCUAAGCUUCUCAGACUUCUCUUGUUCUUUGCAAAAUGAAUGCAUUGGCCCUGGUUAAAAGGUGCUACAGUAGUGAUGAAAUUGUAAGUAGAUUUGUAGUCCGUCCCACUUAUUAUUUUAAUAUUUAUGUUUAAGCACUUGGUUGAAAAAUUUCCAUUUUAUGCAAGGAAGGAGGAGACACAAAGACAAAGUUAAGCUGGCAAUAUUUAUAGGGCUUUUGUUUUUUAAGUUCAUUUGUGUCUGUGGUCCAGAAGAAAUUAUUUAAUAUGCAUCUUUAAGAGUAUUCUAAAAAUA